AUGCAGCAUCUGUCCACUGAAACCACAUCAAGGGAGACGGCUUCCAACGCUGCUCACUCAACGUCCACGGCAGCUUCGCACGCCCUUGCAGUCCCGGCUGCUCUGGUGGUCGCCGAAGGGAGUAACUGUGAAUCGCAGAAUGCUGGUGAAGGCACGAGCCAUAGACAGCAAUUUGGGCUCAUAGAUGGGAAGCAACAGGACCAGCAGGAGCAGAAGCUGACUUAUCAACGGGAACAACGCUGCAGGGACCAGCCACCACCACGAACGUCGGGUCCACUGGUCUUAGAGGGGCGCGUUCGGUACUCAUUUGCCACACGCACUGUUGAUAGCUGCCAGCUCCAGAGCCUGUGUAGCGUACAGGUGCAGUCCGAUAACAUCAACCGCACUGCCACGUCGCGAAGCAUCUACAACGGUUGCAGUGGUGGCAGCGGGGCAAGCACCAGUAGCAAGGGUAUUUGCUCAACAGCGGCCUCCUGCUCUCUAAGGGGAAGUUCAGUUUUCGAUAGCGGGAGGGAGGGCGCUUCGUGGGGGCUGAAUUGUGAAGACACAGGAAGCAGUGACAGCAGCAGCAGCUGCAAUAGUAAUGGAGGGGGCACUGUUUACGGCAAUGGCAGUAGCAUAAAGGGCAGCAUCUGCAGUCCCGAUGAUGGUCACCACGCGAUUCCCGCCUCUUUACAGGCCUCUUCAGCUACCGGGCCGCCUUCGGUUGUCGUGAAUCCCAGGGAAGAUGCCUACAGAAGAGUCAGCUGUCGCAGUACGGAUUUCAGCACAAGCACCAGCAGCGGGAAGAGCAGCAACAUUUGUUGCGAUGCUGAGGAGAAUCGGCUCAUUCCACUACUCUCUGCCACCGAUAUUGCACUGUUGCUACGCGACUAUGCCGCUUUUAUUCAUCAGACGGAGCGGCAACUGCAGCAGCUACAGAAGCUUGUGCAACAACAGCAGGUGGCUAAAUUCGGGGACGACAGACCACGGCAGCAGCAGGAGUGCUUAGGUUUGGGUUGGCCCAAUUCAUCUGGCCGGCCUUUGACAGGCACGACUGCCUUUGUGCGUCAGCAGCGUCAGUGUCAGCGACACCAACAGCAGCAACAGCCCGAGGAGGCAAAGCGUUUGCGACGGUGUAUUGCUGAGGGAGCUGUUGUUUGCCACUCCCUACACUCUCGCCUAUGUUUGCUUCUUGUGGAGUCAUCUUCAACUGCUGUUACUGCUGCAGGGAGCGAGUUGUUGCUGGGAAAACUGCGGCGUGACUUUGUGCAGCAGCAGCAGCAGUACACACGGCUACUACGGCUGCUCAGUUCUGCAGCAGAUGCUCUUUCUGAGCAACACGAAUCGGUGCACCAGCGUGAGACAGAAGCGAUAGCGAGCAUUGUCAGCAAUGCAGGCAGCACUCCUCCUGGAGAAACAUCGGGGGGAUCAUUUGAUGCCACCGGCCCUGCUCGCAUUAUUUGGCACAGCGGCCACCAGGGCUCUCCGUGCACCUUGCCUGUGGAUUGCCUUCAUUUUGAGGAUCCUCAGAUACAGCGACAGCGCGAAAACUCCCUGUGGAACUGCUGGGGAGACCAUGCAUACAAUUCUUCAGGAGAGGCAGCCAACAGCUGCCUACACCAACCAGAUAGAAGUCUGUGGCUGCAAGGCUUUUCAGGAGCCCUCCCACCCCUUUUCAUUGGCCCUAGUGACCCGCGGACAAGUGUGGUUGAUGGUGCUUCCCAUGAAGACUUGUGGGAGCCCGCGGCUUUGAUAGAAGUGCACGAAGACUACGAGAAGCAACAGAUUAUCAGUGAAAGGAAGCAACAGCUGCAGCAGCUGCAGCAGGUAGAACACUGCGUUGCUGUGCUGCGGGAGCUGCAGUUGCACGUGACAGAAGACGUAGACAGAGGCAAUCAGCGACUGCAUACAGUAGAGGAAGAAACAGAAGCUGCAGCAGACCACACUGAGGCAGGUGUGGGAGAGCUAGCUGCUGCAGCGCGCAACAAAACACGUUGGUGGGGGGUUCAAGGAGGAGGUGCUGCUGCUCUCCUUGGUGUUGGCGUUGGUGCAGUCGCUGGAGGCCCCAUUGGAGCUGCUGUAGGGGCCAUUGUGGGCGCUGUUGCCGGGCUGUCUUCAGGUGCUGCCUUGAGGGGAAGACACCGAGAAAGGGUGAAUGCAGCCGAACGGUCUGUGAGGCGCAGGAGGGCCCAGCGUGUGAAACGGUCUUUAAUCUCUUCAACGCCGGGGGGUUUGAGCACCAUUCAAGGUUCUGCAAGUGGGGCCAUUUCUCUAGGCUGUUUCAACCAGACACGAGAGGCCGGUGCGCGAACAGGUAGCGGCACGUCGCUUCUGUGGGAUCCUGUGGGGGUUCCUCAUUAUAGCAGUGGCGCGAGACCCUGCAGUGCACCAGGCAUCACGUCGGGGCGAUCGAAUACUUGUGGGCCACAGGCAGCUGGAGCGGGUCCCACAGGGUCGAGUGAUAGACCCACGUUCGGAGAGGCUGUACAUGAAGAAGGCAUUGGAACGGAAGCAAAGGGAGCGUUGCAGAGUGGUCAACCAAAGCUUGUUGCCGGGAGGAACAGGCAGAGACACCAGCGGGCCAGCAUUCGCCUCGCUGGUGUGCAAGGAACACUUGGCGCAACCGGCAUACUGCCUGUUAUGCACUUCUCGCCUGGGUGA